UUUUUUUUUUAUCUUAUUAUUAUUCCUCCGGCAUAUGACGGCUCAACAACAACCUGCAGCAGCCAUUACUUCACAUAAUGUAGUGGGCGUACAUUAUCGAGUAGGGAAAAAGAUUGGUGAAGGAUCUUUUGGUAUUAUUUAUGAAGGUACCAAUUUACUCAAUAAUCAACAAGUAGCUAUCAAAUUUGAACCGAGAAAAAGUGAUGCACCUCAAUUACGGGAUGAAUAUAGAACAUAUAAGAUCAUGGCAGGAACUCCUGGGAUUCCUAGUGCAUAUUAUUUUGGUCAAGAAGGUUUACACAAUAUUUUGGUUAUUGAUCUCUUGGGUCCAAGUUUGGAAGAUAUGUUUGAUAUAUGUGGACGUCGUUUUUCUAUCAAAACUGUAGCUAUGUUAGCAAAACAAAUGAUCACUCGAGUGGAAACGAUUCAUGAAAAGAAUUUGAUAUAUAGAGAUAUCAAACCUGAUAAUUUCCUUACUGGCAAACCUGGCUCCAAAUUGGCAAAUAAUAUAUAUAUGGUGGAUUUUGGAAUGGCUAAAUUAUAUCGGGAUCCCAAGUCAAAACAGCAUAUCCCUUAUCGUGAACGAAAAAGUUUAUCGGGCACUGCACGGUAUAUGAGUAUUAAUACUCAUUUAGGCCGAGAACAAUCUCGCCGUGACGAUUUGGAGGCUCUUGGACACGUGUUUAUGUAUUUUCUUCGUGGUUCAUUACCUUGGCAAGGAUUGAAAGCAGCUACCAACAAACAAAAAUAUGAAAAGAUCGGUGAAAAGAAACAAACAACUGGUAUUAAAGAUUUAGCUCAAGGUUACCCAGAGGAAUUUGCCAUCUACUUACAAUAUGUGAGAAAACUUGGUUUUGAAGAAACACCAGAUUAUGACUUUUUACGGGAAUUAUUCACAAAAGCCAUCAAGAACGCUGGUGAAGUGGAUGAUAAUGUAUAUGAUUGGUGUUUAUUAAACAAUGGAAAAGGAUGGGAGACCCUUCCUAAGCGAUCAAAUCAACGACAUCCACAACAACAACAUCAACAUACGACAACUAGAAAACAAGUGGACAAACAGCAAUCAAACAAACACACUAACGAACGCCAUUCUCAACCUCUUCAUCAUGCUACGGCGCAGGAUCACCAACGCAAGAAAAAAACACCUUGGCAACGACUCAAGUAUAUCUUCACUUGUGGUAUUUGUAGUUAGUUAGGUAGCCACUCUUUUAUUCUUUUUCUUUCUCUUUCUCUUUGUUUUU